AGCGAUAUGGCGGCACAAGGCGUAGGCGCAAGGACUCAGGAAAGAGUGUUUACUUCGGGCUUUCCGACCAAGAGAGCUAGGGAAAUGUAUAGUAUCAUCAGACAUAUUGUUGUAGAAACAGAGAGCGCGAGUUCGUGCUCUUGGCUGUUCUGGUCGAUGUUCCUUCAGCACCGAUGGCCUCUUUACCCCGCCGCUGCAAAGCUCUCGAGCAAGUUCAUGUUAUUAAGUUCAUAACACAACAUUUAUACCAAACGAGCUCACACCCUCCCAACUAGACGCAGUGUGGGUCCAACCUUCAUACGUAACAUCUGGACCCGCCAGGCACUCGCAAGGACUGAGUGACUGCAGGAUCAAUUAGGAUCGCAGUCAAAAUGACGUGUCGUUGGGAGCUGAUCCUGGCGGCCCUCCUAGCCGGGUGUGCACAUGUAGCACAUGCGACGACGUUGACGGUCUGGACUGCGCACAAGGCGUGCGGCUCAAAUAUGUGCGAUCCGUCAGGAAUGUGCGCCUCUAAGCAAAUCAAGCGAGCCUGGGAUGCCUGCCCGAACGGCUUCACGCAAGUUUCCAAGACUAACAUGACGGACCUUACGAGUUGUGAGGUUUCCAAUUCCUGUGGCUGGUCUCGUUCUUGCCCCGACGGCUCUAUCUACGUUAGCGCCACCUGUGGCGACUGCUGGGGCUGCAUGGAGGCUGGUGCCGGCGCACUCGCGGGCUUCCCGUAUGCGAUCGGGCGCGCGUACGUUCGAUGCUGCCCCCAGCGCCCUCGCGUGAAGUGCGCUGAGAUGCUGCCUUGCACCCUCGGGCCGGCGGACGACAUUGCAGUCGUGCGGAAGCCCGUUCAGCGCCGUUCGGCUGCUGCGACGUGUGCUGAGCCAUCUUCAUUCCUUGGUAGCGUGCUGGCGUCUAACAUCUCGGCCGAUCCCGUCUUCAGGGGUGCCGUGAACAUGUUCCCCCCUCUUGGCGCCGUCAUGGCGACCAUGCCUGCCGUGGCCACCUGGUACGCGACCCGCUGGGACGGCGCCAUGCGUCCGCUCAUCGGCGCCGUGCUGUGCGGCGCCAAUGGCACCUCCAACGCGACCGCGGACGCCGCCGUGACCAUCCUCAAGAAGCUGCUGCUGCCCACUGGCCAGGCCUUCCUGAAAACCGCCACCGGCUCUUUCCUAUCAGAUCUGAUCAACAAUGAUCUUGGCUUCGACACCAACACCGCCGGCACCUUCAUCACCCGCGACAACAUCCUGGGCGCCGUGGAGUUGAUGCAGCUGUUCACCUCGGACGCGGCUGACACGGACGUGCUGUCACUGCUGUUCUCCACCCUGGACCUGGGCGGCGGCCUGUCCGGCGGCGGCAGCGACGACAUGAGCUUUGACUUUGCGGGCCUGGACACCAGCACCCUAGUGACCCCCAGCCCCAAUCCCAGCCCCAAGCCCUCCCCCUCCCCCUCGCCCAGCCCCAAGCCCUCGCCCUACCCCUACACCAGCACCUCAAUCUCCUGCUCUGGCACCCUGGUAAUUAACAACGGCGUGUCCUCCUGCGCCACCUCGGGCACCUACACCUACACCAACGGCGGUGGCCUGGUGACCGCGUACGGCGGCCGCCGCCGGCAGCUGCUGUCCAGCUUCAUGGGCGCCGUGCGCGACAGCAUGCUCGGUGCUGAGUCGAGCCUGCGCCGCGCCCUACUCGGCGUGGACAUGACCCGUGGCGGGCGCCACCUCAUGGCGGACGCCGCCAACGUCACCAACUCCACCAACUCCACAAACUCCACCAGCAACAGCACUACCAGCAACAGCACCACCAACUCCACCGUCAGCGCAAACGCCACCGCGAGCGCUAACAUCACUGCCAACGCUAGUACCAGCCCGUCUCCUUCUCCUUCUCCUUCUCCUUCUCGGUCUCCUUCUCCUUCUCCCUCCCCCAAGCCCUCGCCUUCGCCCAGUCCUUCUCCCUCCCCUUCUCCCAGCGCUUGGAACUACACCGACUGGGUGACGAACGGGACCUAUGGCACCUACACCGGCGGUGACUGGGAGCAGGACAGUGGCAGCGGUGACGACUGGGGCAUCUUCGGGUACCUCCUCAGCCUGGUCAGCGAGCUGACGUCCCUGGACAGCCGCUUCAGCGUGGACGGCCUGGCGAUGGACAUGAUCGACGUGCUGGCCGCCAUGGCCAAGGCGGCGCUGGACGCCAACGCUGCUGGCGGCUCCACCGACUUUGAGAAGGCCAUGGUGGCCAUGACCUCGGGCGAAAAGCAGGCGUUCCAGAGCAUGCAGACCAACCUGGCCAAGCUGAAGCCCUCCAUCACCGAGAUGCUGCAGGCUCUGGAGCAGUACCCCGACUUCACGCCCACGCUGGCCUCUCCCACGCUAGCCAACGUGGUGCAGCCCGACUCCGGCGCGCCCUCCACGCUGCCCGCCACCAGUGGCGUGUGCGGUGCCGCCAACGCCGACCUGGAGCAGUUCCUCACCGGCACCUUGGCCGCCGACGACACCUUCCUGUCGGGCCUGGGCACCAUGCCGUUUGUGGGCAACAUGUUCCAGACGAUCCCGCCUGUGAUGGACUGGUGGGUGGGUGCCUACGACAAGACCGUGGGCGCGGUGAUGCACCUGGCGCUGUGCUACGACAACGUCACGGACAUCCCCGCCAAAGACAUUGACCUGGCACUGGCGGCGCUGCGCGAGCUGGCCUGGCCCGUCAUGCAGCGCUUCCUGGUCACCAACAGCGGCAUCAUCCUGAAGGAGGCGCUGCUUCGCGACUACGGUUUCAACGUGACGGACAUCAGCCGCGAGUUCAUCACCAAGGACGUGCUGCUGUCCAUCGUCGAGUUCCUGCACGACAACGAGGACUACCUGGACUACGGGCUGGGCUACGCCCCCGGCCUGGUCUUCUACGGCGCCAGCAUGCUGCUCACGCUGGACCCGCGCUUCACCAUCCCCGACCUGCUGAUUGACGGCAUGGUGGUCAUGUACGCCAUGGCCGAGGUGCCCAUCCAGGUCCUGGGCGGCGGCAGCAGCUCGUCGUCCUCCUCCGGCCGCCGCAUGAUCGCCGACACCACCUCGCCCCUGGCAGGCGUGCUCACGCUGACGCCCCAGCAGCUCGCGGCCUUCAACACCUUCUCCACCAGCGUGCUGCAGGUUCAGAACCAGGUGGCUAAGACCAUGGCCACCGCCGGCGUGGCCACUAGCGCCCCCCUGCCCGGCGCCGUGCCGCGCCCCACCCUGGCGCCCACGCCCUCGCCCAGCGGUGGCUCGAGCGGGCUGAGCACGGGCGCUACCAUCGGCAUUGCCGUGGGCUGCGCGGUCGGCGGCGUGGUGCUCAUUGGCGCAAUUGUGCUUGCCGUGGUAAUGGCUAAGAAGAAGAAGGCUAGCAAGGUGGGCCCUGCGUAAGCGCUCUUCCGCAGCAAUGAUACUGCAAGGUGAAGCUUUGCCUUGUAUGUUGGGCCUCCUGUUCAAACGUGUGGGGGUCGUUCAAUCUUGAAAACGUCUUGAUUAUGCGGAGGCUCAGCGCUGCAGCUGCAAUAUGCUGCGGCUGUCGAUCCGCAUGUGGGGCCUGAGUGUGGCAGGCUAAAUUGGUGCUAGUGGUCAAGAGGAGUACUUUGUGCGCAAGUGCGAGGGCCAUAACAUGCCUGGCUGUGUGAGGUGCGUGAAAGGACUGGGGCGCGGAAGCCGGUAGGGGUGUUUGAAUGGACCUGUCUUGGGCUCAUGUGCUGCUCGUACAUGUUGCCGGGUUGGUGCGCCUUUGGAAGCGUAAAACCCCGUGGCCCCUUCUCAUCCACCUAGCAUUUAUACCAUUCGGUCAAUGGAAUGACCAUGUGCUUAUUUAUGUUGAUGACGAUCAGACGCCACUCCCCACGUACCGUCGCCACCAGUUUCGUGGCGAGGGAGGGCUGACAUCGACAGGGUUCUGGUUGUGCGUGCGGGUGUAUCUAGGGAGCUUGCCUGAUAUACGAUAGGGGCUACGCUAUGCAUGUGAAGACUGUCCUGGCCGUGAGGCAAGCGAUUCAUUUUACAACUCGAGUGAGAACAAGUACGACUGCAAAGUAUGCGCUGCUGGCUUCAGGCAGGCUAGGUGCGGUCAAGCACCAAGAGAACUGGUAUAUAUUCAUGCAUUGGCAGAGUGUUCCGAUGCGUGUAGCCGUGUAGCGUGAACAUCGAGGGUGUGGCUGAGGUCACGGCGGGCGGGAAGGGGCAUACAUGGGUGGCUGUAGGUCAGGGCGGCAGGACUAGUGGCUCGAUGCUUCACAUCUGGUCUCAUGGCAACUACAAUUAUCCAUAUGUGGAAGCGUAACGUGACCUGGUUCUACCCUUUGAGGUAUAGCUUCAACCAGAUGCUUCAACCCGAUGAGCGUGCCAUGUUGCUGCGUACUGCUAGGUACAGCUCCUGGCGGCCCUGCUAGGUUGAGUUGGUUACAGGCCUGUUGGCGCAGGUUACGAGGCUCUGGUCUGCGUACGCAUUAGUUCCGCAACACUCGUCAUUAACG